AUUUUUCUGCGGAGACGACAAUCUUUUGGAUCGCAAACAUUUGAUGGAUGUUCUUGGAUAACCUCGUAUUGUUUUACAGUCUCGCAUGGUGCACGUCGGUCCAGGAAUGGCGCGAUAAAGUGAUCAGAGGAAUCGGUCCCAAGUACAUUCACGUGUUGUGUUGCCGUCUCGUCAUGUAUUCUCCAAUUUGUCUCACUCAGGAUGAAUUUCAUCCCUUCAUCGAGGCACUUCUCCCUCACGUCCGUGCCAUCGCCUACACGUGGUUCAACCUCCAGGCCCGAAAACGCAAGUACUUCAAGAAGCACGAGAAGCGGAUGUCCAAGGACGAGGAGCGUGCGGUGAAGGACGAGCUCCUGAGCGAGAAGCCCGAAGUGAAGCAGAAAUGGGCGUCCAGGCUGCUGGCCAAGCUGCGUAAGGACAUUCGGCAGGAGUACCGGGAGGACUUUGUCCUCAGCGUGACGGGCAAGAAGCACCCGUGCUGUGUGCUCUCCAACCCGGACCAGAAGGGCAAGAUCCGCCGGAUCGACUGCUUGAGGCAGGCCGACAAAGUUUGGCGUCUGGACCUGGUGAUGGUCAUCCUCUUCAAAGGCAUCCCUCUGGAAAGUACAGACGGAGAGCGCCUCGUCAAGUCUCAACAUUGCACCAACCCAGCACUUUGUGUCCAGCCACACCACAUAACAGUAUCGGUCAAGGAGCUGGACUUGUUUCUAGCAUACUAUGUCCAGGACCAAGACUCGCAGCAGUCAGGAAGUCCCAGUAACAAUGAGCCAGGCAAGAACCCUAUUCCAGUCUACUUGGAGGACAGCUUCAUCAAGUCAGGAGUCUUCAGUGUUACAGAACUGGUGCGAGUGUCCAGAAUGCCCAUCACCCACGGUGCUGCGGUAAACUUCUCCAUGGCCGACAUGCCCAGCCAGCCCUACUAUCAUGACCUGAACUCCAGUGUGGGGCUGCACCGCUCCCUGUCCUCCCCUCCCGGCAGCAAAAGGCCCAAAACCGUCAACAUGGACGAGAACAUGGACACCAGCCCGACAGGACCUGACUUCUACUCGUCACCCAGUUCGCCAGCCAGCAGUCGGGCCAACUGGCACGAUAGAGACGGAGAUAUGUCCUCUCCUACCAUGAAGAAGCCAGAGAAGCCGCUGUUCAGCCCCACCUCCCCGCAGGACUCCUCACCACGACUCAGCACUUUCUCUCAGUCUCAUCACCCAGGCCUAACAGGUGUAGGACACAGUGUUAUAUCGACGAGGAGCCCCCCUCCACACUCGCCUCUGCAGUUCUCGGCCUCGGCUAUUUUGCCCCCGGCGCCGUCGCCCUACUUCUCGCACACCACCAUCCGCUACCCGCCCCACCUCAACCCAGCCGAUCCCCUCAAGAGCUACGUGCCGUCAUACGACCCGUCCAGCCCGCAGAGCAGCCAGCCUAACAGCAGCGGUCAGGUGGUGGGAAAAGUCCCAGGCCACUUCACCCCAGUUCUGGCUCCUUCCCCACACCACGGCGCCGUGCGACCCGUCUCGCUUUCCAUGCCAGACACCAAGCCCAUCACCACAUCCACAGAAGGCUACUCAGCCCCUGGCACCCCGACGGCUAACCGUUUUGUAGGCCUGAGCCCAAGAGAUCCAGCCUUCCUCCACCAGCAACAGCUGAGGAAGUGUGACUGGAGCGUGACUCAAAACGGCAGGCAUUAUGGCCCCAGUGCCACUGACGACACUUUGGGGAUUACUUGGCAAAGUCCUGGUACCUGGGCGAGCUUAGUUCCAUUCCAAGUGUCGAACGGGACUCCGAUUCUGCCAACAAAUGUCCACCAGAACUACAGCAUAAACAUCAUUGGUGAGCCCCUGGUCCCUGCUGAGACGGGGAACUGAACACACAGAGGCCGGAUGACCCCCUCCCCCCCCCAGGGCGGAUGCGUGGGUGGGGGUGUUGGCGGUGCACAGUUAGCACUAAAGGUGUCCGCAGCCAUGGAUGAAACCAGCAAGCAGCACGAGCUGCACAAUCGUCCCCCUCCCAAUCCCCCCUACUCCCGUCCCACCCCAUGAAGUACACUGGCCGUGAAGUGAAGAAGAGGGUUCGGAGGAAAGAAAAAAAAAAAGGAAAAGCUUCAGGUCUGCUGUCUCCUCGCCCUGCCCAGCCCACACAUCCACCACCCACCAGUCAGUUGUCGUGUUUGCAGAACUUUUCAAUCCAUUCAAAUACUGUGAUGUAUAGAUGCCUUAAUGUUUUAUUGCAUGACACUCUAGUCUCUUAGCGGCAAUUCCUACUAUUUUUCCAUGUUGAGGGGAAGUUGUACAAUCUUGAUUUACACACACAUACACACACACACACACAUACACACACACACACUCAAGUGAAGAGGUCUGCGCAUAGACACCUUCUGCCUGGUGGGUGGCUCCAAGACUCUAAGCUCUUCGAUCAGACCUCUUGAAAAGAGGCUUUCCCUCGUCAAACGAUUCACUGUGUACACCAUAGGAACAAAAAAAAAUUGUGAAUUCAGUGUUUCUUCUUCCGUUUGAUUUCAGUUUACUGUGAUACGAGUCUUUGUUCGGAAAAUGUGUUGCCUUUUGUUUAUUCUUAACUACUAUUUACUUCAAGAAUUAACGUAAAUACUUACGGAAAGAGUUGUGAACUCUUGAUGCGGUUUUCAAAAAACACUAAACGUUUGGCUUGAGAUUGGACCCCUCAUUAAAGAAUUUGCAACUCCUUUACAAAAGGAUUUUAAAAGACGGAGAAUAAGAAAAUCUCGAUAGAGGCAAGUGCAAUUAAAUUUUUGAAGGGAAGCUAUCAGUCUGUCAGCCCUAAGACUCUAAAGGAUGGGGGAUAAAUAUUAAAUGGUUUUAUGGGUAAAAUGUUUAAGAAAACAUUUGAAUUUGAUUUCAGUCACAUAUCCGUCUUCUCACAUCAGAAAAACAUCAAGCGUGGAAGGCAGUUGAAGGCAAGCACUAAGCUACCUGUGCAGCGCUGAGCAAAACCAGCACUUCUUUUGAGCCCUUCCCAUCAUUAUGGGGAGUUUUUUUAAUUUAUUUUUGGGGAAAAGUAACCGAACAUAAGUAAAGAAAUGAAACACACAUAGUGUGUAAAAACGGCAUUUCAUGUUUUU